GAGGCGGGGCGGAGGCGGGAAGGGGGGAGGUGGGCCGGGAUCUGCGUCCAGGAGAAGCCGGGGCCCCGCGGCCGCGCAGCUUCCCUCCCGCCGGAGCCGCCCUGCCCUGGCGCUCGUUCGGGGGCUCCUGGGCCUUCAUUUCGGCCUGCAUUUCGACCUGCGCCGGUCUGUCACCCCGCCCGCCCGGGCAUCCUGUAACCUUUUCCUAAUUAUUUUACUCAUUGAUAUUCUUGACAACAUGGAGGUUAAACUAGAAGUUUUGUUAUCAACAAGUAUCAAACAGAAAAAACCUUGGCCUCGAAUUUCCUGGCUGGGACAGGAAAAGGAAGCUAUUUUCCUAUUGGAUGAUAAGUGUAUAAAUGAAAUUAAUUUGCCAUCUGGAAAGACAAAGAAGAAAAUCCCUCGUCUACAGCUUUUGCAGAAAAAUGUUGUCAUCUUAACAACUUCUAGUAAUGAUGCUUGGCUGACUGGGUUACUUAACACUGGCGAAAUCUUCCUUUGGAACAAAGAUCAAGACUGCUUGAAAACCGUAUCUGCAACUGAAGAGUCUAAGACACUGAUAACAGCAGCCUUAGAAUGUUCUCUGAGACUGUAUGUAUAUGUAUCAGGAGAUGGAAAAAGAGUUCUGCUAACCAUACCUUCUGGAUGCAUCUUGUUGUGGGAGUGUUUGGAGUCUGAGAAUAUUAUAUAUUCCAAAAACUCUUCACUGUUGGGUCAGUGGUCACAAAUCAAACCUGAAAAAUCAAUCGUUUUGCCUUCUCCUGAAGAUAAAGAAGCUGUAGUAGAUGCUGUUUUUAUAAAAAAUGAGUUGCUUGGUGAUUGCUGCUUGUGUUCAUUUACCUUUUAUUCUGGGAAAUAUUUGAUGUUAACAUUUUUGGCACUUCAAUGGCAUGAAAAUGUAUCUCGAUCUGUUAGUUCAUUGUCAUACCAGGUCCAUUGGGCACAUCAAGAAUGUUUUCUGUGUACCUUGGUUCCUAAAUGUGAAUCAGUAAAAUCAAGAGGAGCCCUGAUUAUAGCAUUUUCAAGGGAUGGCCUUACCCUGGCAGUAACUCUUAAUCAGAAAGAUCCAAAGGCCACACAAAUUCUGUUUAUAAACGUAUUGAAUUUUGUGACUCUCUGUGGUAGUCUUAAAGGUUGUAGCAAUAAGAAUCCUGUGGUUCCAUCCAGACUCAUUAGGUCCUACUGGGUGGGUGAUAUCAGCUGGACUCAUGAUAGCCUUUUUCUGGCCUGUGUAUUAAAACGUGGCUCCUUGGUUCUGUUGACCUGUUUGGGUGAAUUGCUAACUUUGGUCACGUUUGGUUGCUCUAUAGAAUUUGGACCAGCAGAAUUUAUUCCUCUUCAUCCACUAAUAACAUAUAGACCACAGCAAUUUGUACCUCAGGAUUCAAGUUAUUCCCUUGAUUCAUCAGCCUCUGAUAAUGACCUGAUGAGACAGAGAUUUUCUGUAAAAACACACUCAAGAUUACCCUACCUAAUUGUCUCUGAUGGAUAUAUGGUUACAGUACUUCGAUUUUUUGAUAAUUUAACCCCAUCAGUACUUAUGAAAUCAUUUCUACUUGAAUCAACCCAAAGGCUUGAGAAAAUACAUCAAGGGCUGAUAUCUCAGUCUAAAGGAAAAAAUCUGAGAUUGCGAUCACUGGGUUCACUCCGGGCUAGUCUGUUAAAGUAUCAAGGAAACCAAAGUUCAGUUGUCUCUGCCACGCCCAGGUUCUUGCAAGAAGAGGAAGAAAUAGGGGAAUUGACUGAGAAAAUGGCAGAUUUGCAGGAUCAUGAAGUAGAAGAAAGUAAUAAUAGUAAGCAAUUUUCCAACAGUUUUUUUCCUUUUUGGAAUCAGAAAAGUGAUUCUUUGUUUGAUGAAGUUGAAGAAGGAAGACUAGAAUUUGCAUCCAUGUUUGAUACUAUUCAUGCAAAGGAUGAUACUAAGGAAAAAGAUGAUAUCAUAACAGAACUACAUUCUAUCCAGAAAAAUCUUCUUGCAGCCUGGAAUAUUGGAAUUUCAAAAAACGUGGAACACAAAAAAUUAAUGUUAAAUUACACAGUAAUCUGUAUUACUCAUUUUCUCUACAUCCUUCAGUUUGUAAAAUGUCCUCCUCCUAAACACAGUCUUUUUUUAAAUAAGACCAUAAGGCAUAAUGCGUGGCUGCAGUGUGUCUUUCAACUUUUUCAUCAGUGUUUAUCUGUUCAGUACUGGGAUCUGAGAUACAGACAGGAUGUUGGACAUUUGGUAAAGCUGACAUCUCAAACACUGAAGUUGAUGUUCAUUCAGCAACAAGAUCAGUUAUUCUCAGAUACUCUUUUAGGUUGUUUCAACUUACUUAAGAUGGUCUCUGACAGUCUAAAUGGUAUAUAUACUCUUCAGCAUCAGGUGAUUUCAACAUCAGCUGAUGGAAAUAGGACAGUAAAUCAUGAAUCAUUGGUGGUACCUAUUUUUCAAAAACUUUCUUACAACUGUACUCAGAAAUCAUGGUCAUGGAAUUCUUUUUUAAAGAUACCUCCUCAGGCCAUAAAUCUUGUUCAAAAGCCAGGCCACAGGUUAUCCAUCCUUUGGCAGUUAUUGUACAAACAGACUUUGUGGUAUCAAGCUCAUCUAAGUAGGAUGGACCCUAAGGAUGAUAGACAAUUAACCAAAAGGAUAGCACAUGAAGAACCCAUUGUCAGAUCCUUGUUAUGCCAUGUACAAGCUGUUCUACAGACGGCAGGAUAUUGCUUGAACCAAGCUUUGGAGCUUAAGUCUGUAAUUGGUGAGGAAUACUUUCUUUUGGGAUCAUAUGAAGAAUCUGUUCAGCUAUGGAAGAAAGCACUACAAGAAACCAAAGCAAUAGGAGGAAAGAGGACAUGCUUUCUUCAGACACGCUAUUAUCUUGCUCAAUUGUAUUGUCACCUCUAUUGUUAUAAUUUAAAUGAUGCUCAAGGAAUGUGUGAUCAGUUGGUAAGAGAAAUUCUGAGACAAUCUCAAAUGUCUAUCAAAGAAGAGGAAUAUUUUCCAGAGAGUUUUCGUUGUGGUUUUGGAAUAAUUGGAAAUAUUCAUCCUGAGGCUGCAGUUGUGGUUGUUCAGUGCAUGGCUCGAUUCAUGGCUGCCUAUUUCACCAACCAGCAGCUUUAUGUUCUCCCACCUCACAGUGUGGGUGUUCUUCCUCCGCUUCACAUAGAAUCAGAACAGUCUGUUCGAAUCAUUCCUCUACAACAUUCUAAGGUGGCAAGUGUUAUUAGAGAUCAAAACCUCUCUUCUCUAUGGACAGUUGAAUAUGCUAUUGAAUUGCUGUUUAUCGCUGGUCUGGUCCCAGAGGCUGUGUGGCUUGCUCACAGACUUGGUGACUGGAAGAUGGCUGUUUCAAUUGGUUUAGCCUUCAAAUUAUGCUAUAAAAGUAACAGCAAUUUAUCAAGGUGUAAGAAAAAGGACUUAACUCUACCAUUAAACAUGACUCCAACACGAAUUUUUCAGGAAAAACUACAGUGUUUUUUAGGUCAGCCAGCAUCUUUGGAAGUGGCUAAUGAGUUGGGUCCUAAAUACAAGCAGUUUACAGAUCCCAUUGAAGAAGAAGAUGUAGAUCUACUUUUUAAUUCCAUACAGGAAGUAUUGAGAGCAGCAGUUAUGGCUGAUGCUGAUAUUCUUUCGGAGACCUUUCAGCUUUUGAUAGACUCAGCCAAAGACUUCAGUAAGAGGUUAUGGGGCUUAGUACCUAUGGGCUUGUAUCUUCCCUCUCCUCCAUUAUAUUGUCCUCAGCCAGCUGUUCUUAGUGAGGACCAUGGUGAUGACCUCCUAUUAAAAGCUGAGAAGGAUUAUCGCCAGAAGGUGUCUGGCAUCCUUCAGCGCAUCCUUCUGCUCUUCCGGGCAGCUUGUUGCUCCUUUCCCGCAGCUCAGUGGUACAUCUUAAAAUUGAGAUGGGCAAGAAAAGUGAUGCAAAAGAUUCGAAUUAAAGGCUCCCUUCCUUUAUUAAGUCCUUUUCCAGAGUCUUUGCUUCAUUAUUGUAAAGUUGGUAUGGCAUUCUAUCGACCUGGAGCCCCUGAAGACCAAAAGCUUGAUGAAGUUUCUUGUAAAACGAUAGGUUGCUUUAGAGAACUCUGUGCUCUGUGUUGGAUGCUUCAUGUCCGGGAAAAAUUGUCAUACAGCUGCAGACGAUAUCAAAUAGCAAGAGAAAAUGUGGAAAAGAAAAAGGAUAUGAAGUUGGAGUUUGAUUCUUGUAUGGUAGAGCACUGUCUCAGUGCGCUGGAAUGGGCAUGUAGAAUGUUACCUUUCUCUAGGUUUAUGAAUAUUGAAGAACUUGUCCAGGAUAUAAUUUUGAGUCUUAUUGGAGAACUUCCACCUACCAGAAAGGUAGCAGAAAUUUUGGUGAAAGCCUUUCCCAAUUCUGAAGAUAUAAGAGUACCUUUAAGAGAUAAAUAUAAAUCUCUUCAACAGAGACUCAGACAUUGUACCGUGAAAGGGCCACAGACUGAGGAAAUGAUGUCUAUUAUUAUGCAUUCUAUUUACAAAGUGAGAGUGAAAGCUUUGAAACGAGUAAGGAGGAAUAUAGGCCCUUUUGAAAUGAAUAUCUGGGAACCACCUGAAGAAGAGACUACAGAUAAUAAGAUUCAUACUUAUGACCGGUUUUCACUUGGGACCAGUUUGAGCAGGAGUACUCUUACCGAAGUAGGAAAUUCCCUUGCUCAUAGUGAUACAGAGACAGCAGAUACUUUCUCAGAAACUUUGUCAUCUGAAAAAAAAAGAGAGAAUGCCCAGAAUCAUGCAGAAUUCACAUUGAUUAGUAAGCAUGACAAUAAGAAGAAAAAGUUCAAUUCAGAAGAAUGUCCUGAAAGGAAAGGUGAUCAUGAAAAUUUACCUAGAGAAAAUAUAGUUCCUAUAGUAGGUGUUUGGGAAUUUGAACGUGAUGAUGAUGAAUAUAUUAAAUUCCUUGAUCUGUUCUUGAGUUAUGUACUUGAAAAAGACCUGAUUGGUUCUAAUAAUCCUGGUAUUCCUUUUCUAAGUAGCUUUUCAGCCCAUCUUAAGGAACAUGAGCUUAAUUCUUUGCUUUUUGAUGUUCAUACAACAUUAAAACGUCGUCAGGGCAAACCCAAAAGCCAGAAUGUGUUCAGAGCUGGCUCCUGCUAUGUUAUUAUUCCUGAGUCUUGUGAAUCUGAAAAAUCAUCUACUUUGAAUAGUGAAAACUUCAAAAAUUUGGGAAAUCAAACAUCUUCACCUUCAGUAUUAGUUGUUCAAGGGCCAACAUCUUUUAUACAAAACUCUUCGAAUGAAGUAAUUAAAAGCACAGGAAAGAAAGGCUUGUUUGGUUUAAAAGAAAAAUCGAUGUACAGAAUUAAAGAUGACAAUAGAGAGAUACCCAUGUCCCACAGAUUACCAAAACAAGUUUUUCUUCCACAAAACUUUAAGACUACAAAAUUCACUUACAAAGCAGUUCAGUGGAAUGACAUUAUUCCUCAUGAAGAACUUUCUCCAGAACUAAAGAACAAAUUUGGCAGUAUAGCAAAACUACUAGAAUGGAUGAUAAGAUGGUCUGAUAGAAGAUUGCUCUGUGACUUCAGUAAACCUGAAUCAUCCUCCCAAAGCCCCAUCAUACGGGUGAGGACCUCAGCAGCUGCCAUUCUCACGUCCUUAAGGCUUUUAGAACAGUCACACUUUGUACAGCAAACAAGUCAUGUGAUCUAUAAGAUUCCAGAGAAUCAUUAUUCUCUGCCUUCUGUGCUCUUACCUGAAGCUAAACACAAUAUUGAGAAAGAAAGCAUUGUAGAUACUGGCUGUCCAGCGUCAGUGUCAACUCCAAAUGAAAUUCAGGAAGUUCAUAAUAGUGAUGGACCUUAUAACAACUUUUUGGAUAGAAUAACAACUCAAUCAAAAGAACCUAAAAUAAAAGAACUCAUUGAGGAGAGCAUUUCUUUUACUCAUGUUACUGAUAAAGAAUUUACAGAUUUUGAUGAAGACAUCCUAGAAGAAAUGGAAAUAUUUACACAAGAGGAAAUGAAGGUGCCAGACUGUGGAGAGAAUUCUGAAGAAUCAUUUGGAAGUCUAAAAAACACUGAAAUUUCUAUCAGCCUUAUGUCAUUAGAAGGACAAUCAGAAGAACAGCAUUCCAGAAAAAAGGUUGAGUGUCCAUCGAAAGAAUCAGAGGAAGAACUGGUUAAAACAUCAUUUGAGCAGAAAGAUAUGGUUGAGACUGUUGCUGACACUAAGCUCACCAUUCCUCACUCGUUCUGUUUAGAUUCAAGUGCAGAUACUUUUAGCAUACAAGUUUCUGCACCAAAAGAGCGAUCUUCCUCAGUUCCACCUUUGGUAUCAGAUACAACCAGUGUUUCCUCAAAUACUCCCAUUUCAAGUCAUAGGAGACAUAAAGAUGUAUCCCCAGAUCAACUACCAAAUUCUUCAGAAUCUGUUAGACAGAUGCUCCAUGAUGAAUUGUUUAGAUUGGUUCAGUUGCAGCAGAUCAACUUCAUGAGCCUAAUGCAAAUAGUAGGAUCAUCGCUUGCCACCCUUCCCAAUAUACAACCUACACAGCAGUCUCAAAAUGUGCAUUUGGAGAGAAGCCAAAUUUCAGGCCCCACAAGAGGCAGUGGUGAUAUUGAGCCCACAGGUAUACAUCUUAAGAAAGAUUUCCUACUUGGAUCCAUUGGAGAAAAUUCCAGACAGUUUGAAAAGGGCAGGCCUCAUCAUGAAGGAAUUGUCCAGUCUGAUCAGAACAAAGUUGGAAAUAAUCAGAAUAUUCCAUCCUUUUCUAUUCCUUCAGGUCACUUAGAUGGCCAAUCAAAUAAUGGAAGAGUAACUCCAAAAUGUAAAGGGUUGUCUACCACUCCAGGCUGUCCAACUUGUGCUGCAAGCAGUCACUUCCAUUUGUUGUCCACCACACCCACCAUUCACAAGAGCCCUACACUUAUUCCAGCUGUAAAAACCUUAAAUCCUGCCAGUGGUUUUCCUUUGCUUAAGAUUCAAAUGAAGCAUGAAUUCAAACCCCUCUCUGUCCAUCCAGUAAGAACUCCACAAGUUACAGUCAGACCCCCUCCAGAACCAAAAGAGGCUUGGAAUUCAUCCAGUUCUGGAGAAAAGCUUCCUUCAACAGCACAGAGCAUCACUCCAACCUCCCAUUUGAAUUUGAGCCAGUAUGGUGUGGAAACUGUACAGAAAGCCCUUGAGCAGAAGAGAUGGGCAGAAAUAAGAACUAUAGAAACCCCUAAGCAUCUCAACUUAGAUCAGUAUGUUGAACAAGAAACCUUGACACCUCAACAGGACUCUUCAGCAAAAAAACAAGAAAAAAUAUUUGAUAUGAAACCAGAGCCCUCUGAGAUACCUAAUCAGAAUUUUCUUGGUAUUCCUUUAUUACACCUGCAACUUAAUCCUACUACUAGGUUUUCACCAGUCUUGAGAGCAUCCAUUUCUACACCCUCAAUCCCUAGUAGACCUAAAGAAAAAGAAAGAGACUCAAAAGAAAUCUUUUACCCAAGCAUAAAAUUACUUCAUACUUGCUUACCUCCAGACCGCAAGUGCCAAAAACCAAAGUUCAUUCCACUUGAAAAUCUCAUUGCAUUUAAACAAAGCCAGCAGAAACAAUCACUUAAUUUAUUUGAACAUGGGAAACCUGGGAAUAUCCACCUUUUAAAGGCCAAAAUAGAUCCAAAAAAGGAAAAUAAAAAAAGAGAAAGAAGACGGAUUAAGAAAGCCCUUCAAGAAAAGAGUUCAGAGAAACUAGAGAAAAAAUGUGUGACAUUCCGACCAGAGGAUUCCAUUAUUAAUCCAGAUGAUUUAGAAGUAGUUGUGAAACAAGAGGUAGAGGAAAGUCACUGUCAAACUUUACUAACUCACAUGAUCAGCAAGAACAACCUAUUCCUCAGCCUACUGAUUGUUUUGGUAAUUCCUUUGGAAUUGCUAGAAGAGGACAUCACUACUUCAGCUGGAUUGCAUUAUAUGGCUUCUGUGAAAAAGAAGGUGGCAGAAAAUCAAGAUGCAAGUACAAACACAGAACCAGUGCAAGAACAUUCGACUGUUCCUCAAAUGUUGGCUCCAGAUGUUUAUUUAAAUCUCAGAUUUCCCUCUGAAACAUCAGAAAUACCUUUGACAUUGGAUCCUACAUCUAAUGUGGUUGGACACAAUUAUAUAAAUGUCAUUGACAUUGAAGCUACUGAUCUUCUUGAGGAAUUGCCUGUUAGAGAAGAGACUACAGAUAAUAUUGUUAAUAAACAAGAAGGUGAUGACAUGGAAAUUCCAUCUUGUGCAGAUCUGCAUUACAUGGCAGCUUCUAUUACUAACGUAAUUCCUCCUGACCAGUUUAUGAAUAAAGCUACAUUACCAAAACCAUCAGUCUUUCCUGACUUCAGGCCCAGCACUCCAUUUGCUGUCUCACCAAGCUGUCCUAAAUUCAUACAUUCUUCCUCUCAUCUCUACUGCAUACCUCACUUGAGAGCAGCUGUGAACUCACAUCAUCAUUCAUCCGAAGAGAGAAUUCAAUUUCCCGUUCAGAAUACCGAGCUCUUUUCUUUGGGAAGAGUUUCAUGUUUAUUUCUUAGCUUCAGCUGCAAGUGUUUAGUGGUUCUUCUUGUCAUUUUCUGUGACAUUGUUCUACCUCAUCAACUUCCUGACGCAGAUCUGCCAAAAGUACAACCUCAAGUCCAAGAAUCUACUGUAAAAUUACAUGGUGUCGAAGAUUAUUUAACCUGGAAACGGUGCCAGGAUUUCAGUGCUUUACCUUAUACGGUACCAUCGGAAAAAAACAUUGACAUAGAGCACCUUACCACUAAACUCCUGGAAAUAGAUGAAAAACUACUUGUACUACAGAACAUUGCAACUAAUGUAGAACAAGAUUUUGGCAACAUUAAGUUGGUGGUGAAGACAGAAGACCCCUUGGAAUUGUCAUAUUCCCCAGAAGUGGAUAAAGAGACCAUAUUUUCACAAACUUUUAGAAGUCCUGAAGAGGCGUACUUGUUUAGCCAUCAAAUUGAAGAAGAGGAAACUCCAUUACUUGAAUUUCCUGAAACAAAGCAUACUGUAUGGAACUCUUCUUCCUUUUCUUCUGUCAUUUCAUCUUUUAACGUUUCCAGUGACCAGAUUACUUCUACUGACACAGCUAAUAGUGAAGAUUCUGUUGGAAGUGUUUUAGCAGAUUUUCAGAUAACUGGACUAACUGAUGUUGCUGACAUAAUUAGUGAUCUUAUCACUGAGAGUGGAGUAUCUAGUGAAGAACUUGGUUUAACAGAACACCAAGCCAGGAAAAUUUCCAGGAUCCAUGGCACCCCAAAGAAGAGAAAAUCACAAAGAACAGAGAAGGAGAAGAGAGAGAUAAGAGCCUGGAUGAAAAAAAAAAGGAAGGAAAGGAUGGCGGAGUACUUGGCACAGCUGGCCGAGAAGAGAGAGCAAGAACACCAGCCUUUUCCAUCCCCAAAGCGGCCGUUGUGUAUGACUUCAAAGGAAAUUAGGCUGUAUCAGCAGAUGAAGAAUGAAAAAGACAGAUUACAGCUAUCUGAACACUAUCAUCGCCGAGUUACCCAAGCAUAUAAUCUGAUGAAUGAGUUGCUAUUUGAGUCAACACAGGUGCCAAGAAAAUCCUUGACAGAGUCACCAGGAAGCCCAGCUAAAUCUCCUUGCAUUUCUAGGAGACGGCAUCAUCUUCCUCCAAGUGGAAAGGACCGUAAUAUUAGUACCUUGUCACCAAGUCGAAAUGCCAAAGUUAGAUUUGCUUCCAAACCUACUUAUAUUCAUGGAAGAUCCCCUUUAAGCCAACAUCAACAUUCAUCUCAACGAAAUAGAAUGGCUGCUGUUCCAAUAAAGAAAACAACAGAAAUUACCAAAAGGCCUGCCCGAAAUGUAUUGUGCUCUCCAGACUUCUCCAGUCAAGACUUUGGUUAUCCACCUCAACAAGCCACAUCCAUAAAAAAUUCUGCAACUAGUACAUUCACAAGUAAUGCAGAAGAGUAUGAGAGAGAACACGAUGAAGUGAGUUCCUGGAUUAUGCCUGAAGGGGUUGACAGAAUUCUUUGCAGAAGUCCAAAUUCCUCCCUUGAGGACUUUUCACCAGCUGAAGAUGAAGGGUUUCCCAUAAGUAUCAAUGGCCUGGAUAGUGGGUCUGAAAGCACUGGCAGCAUCCUCAGCAAGAUUGACUGGCGUGCAGUUGAUGACCUGGUAACCACAGUAGAAAACACGUGAAACGAGUUGUGCCUUUGGGGCAGCAUAUGCCCAGGCUGCCAUGCACCACACCAGCAUGACUGACUGUAAGAAAUGACGUCUCAGGGAAAGAACCCGAACCAGAACUUGAACCAGAUCGGGGGAUUGUGGGGAACAGAUGAACUAGCAUCAGGGAACAUUCAGUAACGUGAUUCAAGCCAGGAAAGAGAGGACAUCGUGCCAGAUGUAGUGCCAGUCUCUGCAUUGUACAAGGAUGACCAGACAUCGUUAGUAAAUCAAUCAUAUCACGUGAAUAAACAUUUUCCUUACAUCAUAUAUUUUUAUUGUUUUUCACCUUUAGGAAAACAGUAGAAAUGUUUUCAUGCUGUUCAGUUAAAAGUUCAGAUGGGUUUAGUCCCCUUUUAAGUUAAAUGUAUGUAGAACAUUGUUUUAAAUGGUUUUAUCAAUAAAAUUUUUUCCCUUGGCCUCUAUUGUGAUUUUAA